AUGGUUGAUGUUGAUUCUAUUAAAAGAGCUUCUGAGCUGGUGAAUUCCAUAUUGUUUGCUAAAGGGUUUUUUGAAGAAGGUUCCACUCAUGAUAAGCUUUUAUUCAAAUCAAUAAAUAACGAACAGUUAACUAAUGAAGAACAAAUUCAAGAGAAUGACAAACUUACGAUUAAUACGAUCUAUGCAUUAAUACAGAACUAUGAUAAAUCCAAACAGGAGAGAAGUUUCUUAUUGGAGCAGUUGAAUGAUAAAAAAGAGAUCAUAACUCAUUAUGAAGCUUCUAGUAGAGAGUUGAAUUCAAAGAAUGAUUACUUAACAAGAUUGAAUAAUAAACAACAAAACGAAAUACAAUUCUUGAAACAACAGUUAAAGAAUAUGAAACAUGAUAAAUCGUUACAAGAUAGAAAUUUACAAAAUGAAAAACAUAUCAAUUUAUCAAUAAAGACAAAAUUUGAAAUUGAGAUUAAAAGGAAAACAAUAAUGAUUAAUCAAUUACAAGAUAAGUUAUUAACUAGACAUAAGAAGUUCCAGAAUGUUAUUGAGGGGAAUAAUGCAAGUUUCACAGAAAGAUAUCAAGAUGGGAACAAUGGGAAUAGUGGUACCAUAAUGGAUCAAGAAUUAGAAAAAAUGAUGAUUAACCUAAGUAAUUUAAUAACAAACCUAACAUUACAAAAUGAUCAAAAUAUUAAAUUCAUAAAUUAUUUGACAAACUAUUUAACAAUAUUGAGUGAUUAUUUAAUUAGAAGGUUAGAUGAAGAUCAAACAAAUAAUGAUCAAAUGAUUGCAUUACCACCAACUCCAAAAUUUUAUUAUGAAAAUUUCCAAGAUUCUCAACAACAACAGCAAAAUGAUGAAAUCAGUACCAAAAUUAGUCAUAUAAUAGAUUCCAAAAAACUUCAAUCAACCACAUUCAUAAAUUUAGAAAAAUUUUAUGAAUUGAUAAUCAAUGACACGACAAGUUAUAGUAAUAAUAAUUCUCAUCAAUAUAAAUCAAGAUCAUCAAUUGGAAUAACAAAUAACGAUUCAAAUCAAGUGCAUCAAUUACAACAAGAAAUUGAAAUGUUGAAUAAGAAUUUGAAUAUAGCUAUUGAGACUAAUGAAAAAUGGAGUAAGAAGUUCCAUGAUUUGGAAAAGCAAAAAUGA